CUAUUCUAAUUUCUAUGAUUUAUUUGUUGGUCGAAGUUAAAGGUGGGUUUGUACGUUACAAAUUAUAGUGUGAUUGUUCUGAUAACGUAUUAGAAAGACCUUGAAUAAUGUGCGUUAACGUAAUGAACAGUGACUAGUAUCAAAGAUUUCCUUCAAAGCCUUAUAAUAUUUUUGAGACGUACAAUUGAGAAAAUAUUUGUGUACAAUAAAAAAAUGAGCCAAGCUCGAGUUGACGAUUUAUGUCCCACGGCGCACCUUCGGGUCAUAUUGCCGUCAUCAAUGGACAAUAACAUGCCACCACCAUUUAUUGAUAUCAAUAAUCUCCAUGAUAUACCACCACCACAGGCGGACUUCUCUGCUCCCCCACCAUAUGACGUGGCUGCUAACUCCAAGCUGCCUACAUAUGAAGAGGUGCAGCGCGAGAAGCAAAUGGAAGGAGAGGGACUGCAUCAGAUCCCUCCGCCGAGCCACCCGACGAUCACGGCGUUCGUGACGGUGGAGCCGCCCGAGGGCGCGGCCGAGACGCUCGACCCCGAGAACAGCCUGCUCGGAACCGACAUCAUGUUCCUGACAUCGUUUUUCGUCGCAUUCCUGUUCAACUGGAUCGGCUUCCUGCUGCUGAUGUGCUUCUGUCACACCGUGGCGAGUCGCUACGGUGCGCUGGCGGGCUUCGGCCUGUCGCUCGCCAAGUGGACUCUAAUCGUCAAACACUCCACCGAGCUCGCCUCGCACGAGAACUCCUGGCUCUGGUGGCUCAUUAUGGCUUUCGGUAUCUUGAUCUGCGUGCGUGCAGUGAUCCAGUACCUGAACAUAAAGCGCGGCUGGCGGCUGCUCUCCGGAACUGCUCAGGAACGACUCCUGUUCUUCUAUUGAAACAUAUUUGUAAUUGUAUUCGAUUGGCCCGCACGACCGAAUCGCCAUGUAAGUAGCGAUAGUUGAUUCUGUUGAUGAUUAUAUAAUUAUUAUUUUCAAAAAUAUAUUGCAACAUCAUAAAAAUUAUUGACGAGUUAACGCAAAAUUUAAGCUAAAUUAAGCACAAACAGUUUUCAUUUGUAAAAUGUAAUGAACAUUGAUCCUAGUGUACACAAUCAUUAAGCUUAUUCGACAGGACUGCCCAAAAGAAAUAUUACUUUAUACAAUCUUAAGGCUAAAUUCAUAAUAAUAAUAUAUAAUAUUCGUUCAACCAAAUAAUAAAAAAAAAAAAAAAUAAUGUCUAUCCUGAAGAUUCAUUACUUAAAAUGUGAUAUAAAUUUAUGAAAUAUGUUGUCUUUAGUUCGUUCAUUCAAAGCUUAAACAAAAGUGUUUAAUAAGUGCGUCCUAUCCGUAAUAACAUGAAUAGCUUGUCGAAACGUGAACACCUUCGAUGGCUGACUCAAGGAGCUAUGCUCGGUUGCAUCACAAAUAUUCAUAUUUCGAGUUAAAAAUAUACUUUUUAAAUCGACAAAUGAAUGUGUGAGUGAAGUGAAGUGCUGGGUCUCCUGUCCUCUUGAGAAUGUCUUGGAAAUCUACAGCUUCUACCAAUUUGCAUUAAAGCAAUUCAAUGCAAAUUGGUAGACACAACUGCCCUAAAAAUGAGGGGAUGUAUGUGAUAUUGAUAUUUGACUGUACUGGCCGUCGUCGCGUUUGGACUCUACUACCACUUACCAUCAGGUGGAGUAGAGUCAUUUGCCAUCCCGGCGCAUAUAAAAAAAUAUUCUUUAUUCCACCAUAAAUAUCAAAUUUAGAUAUGUCCUUAGAAUCCUUGUAUCAUCCGAAAUUAUAAUGGCUAUGAUUUAUUUACUUUUUAAUUUAUAUAUAUUACUAUCUUUCGGCAGGGCGGUUGUUUUUUUUUUUUUUUAAAUUUAAAUAGUUAUUUUCAUCAUUAUAAUCUCAGCUUCGUUUGUCAUUAUAUGUAGGUCAUUUUUUGUCUUUAUGGGAUGAACGAACCAAGGACAAUAUAAUAUCCUAGAGCUGUCAUAUUAGAUAAGCUAGAAGAUUGUGUACAAUAUAAUCUUAUAAUUGUUUCGAUUGUAAUUGCUCAUUAAAAAUGUAUUAUUUUAUUAAAAACAACAAAGACAUGAUUUUAUAUUAUUAAUAUUAUUAUAAGUUGUUACUUAGUGUAUGAUGAUGGAUAUCAUUGUGGAAAAUAAUUUAUGAAUAGUUUUUUUUUUAUUUUUCUUUUAUUAUUAAGAAAUCGAGUCAUUUAUAGAAAUGGUUAUUUGGUAGGAAUAGUGAAUUUCAUAUAACUACAUCUCAACUUAUCUAAAUGUUAGAUGUAAGUUCGAUGUUAUUGAAAUUUAAAGGUUAUAAUAAGUAAGCAUAAGAUUCAAAAUCGCAUCUCGCUUUCUAUACACACGAAUUGGUUUGUAUGUGGUAUGUAAUAGAAAUCUAAAAUAGAAAUGUUCCGAUUUUUCAAUAAAUGCUUUAGACUUGUUCUAAGAUUAGAGCGGACUGAUAAAAGUAAAUACGUUUCAUUAAUUUAUACUGUAAGGUUGAAAUUUGUAUAAAAUAUCAUGAAAGUAUUGAAAUAUUGAAACAGUUAUACAAAUUUGAACCUUCCUCUAUAGUCUAUAAAGUUGAUUUUUAAAUACACCUUGCAAUACAUAUAUUCUCACAUUCGCCCAAUGUAUUCGGUUAUACUUUCAAUAUUUAUGAUAAGAACUCGGUUAGCUAUUUAAACAAAAUAUGUGGUAAUACAGGUCGUUGACCUUUAGAGAUCCAACCGCUAUUAAAUAUGACAUUCGAAUAAAUUCCAUAAAUGUCAGUUAGUAAAUAGUAGGUAUUUAGAAAUUAUUUUUAAUUAUUUACCAAAAAACAUAUUAAAGUUAGUUUGAAAAUAAGACUUUACGUAUGAAAAAUUUAAUUUUCAUGUUUUCAUAGAAUUUAUUUCACAUACGAUUGAAUAUAUAUAAAUAAAUGCAGCUGGUUAAAACCAGUUUUGACUAAGCAUCACUAGGCUUUACUCUGGUAUCUUUGCUGUAUGUAUAGUUCAGUAGUACAUCCAAUUGUAUACUUUACCAAUUACAGUGGACACUUGACCACACAUAUAUAUAUAUAUAUAUAUAUACAACAUAUUCUGAAUGAAUUAUAUAUAAACAGGGGUGCUUAGUUUUCUUCGUCAAUCGUUUAAUACAAGACUGGUGGUUUUGUUUACGAAACUUGUGCUAAAGUUUAAAUAAGGUUGAGCUAGAUACUAUUUUAUUAACAUAAAGACAGGUCCAUUCGAAUUGUAAUUGAGUAAAGUGUGCUUAUAUAUUUUUUUUAUAUAUUAAUGAUUUCAGUACGAAGCGAUCUUAGCUUUUAUGAAGUGUAGUAAUUUUUUUGUAAGUCUGUAUGUUUGGAGAUAGAAUAUGUAAUAAGGUGGUACCUUAACUGUGUACGAUAGCGGUGGUACCAGUCUGGGUAGGAAGAGCUUGCACAAAGCCCUACCGCCAAGUAAAUCGUUUCGUUAAAAUCGUUCUCAAUACUUUUAAUACAUGAGACUUAAAAACUUACGAAGCGUAUUUUGUUGGGAUUCUUUGUCUUACGCCUCGUAGACUACAUCUGUAAACGAAACGGGUCGUUUCUUGAAUAUAGUAACUGGUCAUAAACAGCGAAAUAAUUGGAAGUGUUUUUUUUUGGUACAUUAUGGCAUGUCUGAGUUUAAUUAUAACUUUAUAUUUAUUAGAGGUCAGGAUUUUGUAAAUACUAAGUAAUAUUUGCUUACAAAAUGUUUGUGCUAUUUAUAUAUCAACAUAAUGAGUGUGACUCAAAUAUUACCCAGUCGAUCAGUCAAUCCAGUUUUUAUUCUCAAACAUUAUAAAAGUAUAUUUCAAAGCUUCACGUCCAGAAAUACAUUAGUUUUUAAUUACGACAUAAUAUCGCAAAGCUUGUACACUUUUACACUAAUUAUGUGUCUCAUAUUUAUGCCGUUUAUCCUGAUUUCCGAACGAAAUUUGAUGGAACUAAGACUUGCUAUCCUUUUCAAUCUCGCGUUAGAUUGAGAGACAGCAAUAGUUAGUAUCGUUAAAUUAGUUUAGAUACAGAAUCGACACGAUUAUUGGCAUUAAUUGUCACGGUAACUUUACGCUAAAAUUCGUAGUUUAUAAACAUCACAACCAAAUUACUAGACUAGUGUUUGAUGUUCAAUUUAAACGUAAAAUAAGUAAUAAAAUUUAAAUGUGCGCUUUUACUAAUUCCGCACUAAAAAUUAUCGAUUAUUAUUAUUUUAGAUUUUAUCUCAAAAUCGUAACUCUAGUGCAAUAAAUAUCUAGUUAAUAGAGUUUAUUGUAUAUUUGUAUAGACCACAGACUAAAUCAAUAUAUUUUUAAUUAAAAAUGUUAUGUAUAUUUUUUUAUUGUUGUAUCAUUGUCUGCGGCAAUGAAUGUGGAAGGUUCAUCAAUUUUCUGUAUUUGAAUGUAUGAUACAAAUUAUACAUAUUUAUGUGGCUAAGUGUUCGGAAAUUAUAUUAUAUUCAAUCUGUCAUCGGAUUGUAUGACGUCACUGCAUAUUAUAGCCGCCAUCUUGUAAUAUAAUAUGUUAAGUUGCAAUAACAGCCCGUUAAUGUCCCACUGCUGGGCUAAGGCCUCCUCUCCCUUUUGAGGAGAAGACUUGAAGCUUAUUCCACCAAGCUGCUCCAAUGCGGGUUGGUAGAAUACACAUCUGAUCUCAUCUGGUGUCUGAUUUCAUUGAAAUUCUGCCACGUGUGCCUCAAAACAGGAGAGGAGGCCUUCAGCCCAGCCGUGGGAUAUUCACAGACGUUACGGAUGUUAAGUUAAACAAAAUAUAAUUUUAAAUCGAUUCAAACGUUAAUUUAGUGUGUAGUCUACACAAAUAAAUGAUUUAGGCAAGCCUAUAUAUUAUAAUACGACGCCACGUUCACACCUAGUGUUAGUCUAAUUACAUAUAUGUAAUUAUGAGUUAAAAAUGUGAGUUAUAAAUGUAAGGAUAUUAUAUUAUUUUUGUAGUUUUUAUUUUAGUUAUGUAAAAUAAUUUACAAGGUUUAUCAAAUUUUAUCUUUAGGUUAAUUAUGUUGGCGAAUUCACUAAAAAUAUUGGUUCGAUGUAUUUUAUAUUUAUUAAAUUGUGAUUUUGUAAAUUUAUUCAAUGAAAACGCCUUAAUAAAUGUCUACUGGUA